CCUGUUUCGAUCCCUAGCACGAUCCAAUAAACAACCUUGCCAUCUAGACUGUAGUGCUUUGCGAGCUAUAAGCUUUACAUACUUUUCGUUCCAGCCAUCGCUUCUUGCUCUUCAUUUCCUCUUUUCGAUACCCAGCUGCGAAUAUGUUGCUCACUACCCUAACUUCCCUCUUCUUCGCCGCCGCGGCGCUCGCCCAAACACCACCAGGUUUCACUCCCAAUGUCACUUCUACGCUUCAAGUCAAGUUUGGCACCAAGUCCGUGACACCUGGAUUGGCACUCACAAAAGCUGAGACAGCGAAAAUACCAACGAUUGGAACAUCAGAUGAAGCUUUGAAUGGGACCUAUAUCUUCUUCAUGAUUGAUCUCGAUGUACCCGGCUCCCUCGUCGGUUCCACCCCCGGCACCCGCAUAACAAACCUCCACUGCCUCCUCACAGGCUUCACCUCUUCCACCACCUCCUCUGCUCCCACCACCUCCCCUUCCCCCUUCUACACCCUAAUCACCAAAGACACCUCCCUAAAAGCCUACGUCGGUCCAGCACCACCAGCCGAAAACCCACCAUACGCACAUAAAUAUGUUGAGAUAUUGUAUGCGCAGCCAGCUGGGUUUAAGGUGCCGAGUUCGCAAACGAGCGCGGUGAGUAGAGGGAUUGGGUUUAAUUUGACGGCUUUUGUGAGGGAUGCCGGGUUGGGGGCGCCGGUUAGGGGGAAUUGGUUUACUGUUACGGGGUAGAAUGGAUUGGGGGUGGUGAUGGGAAAGGGAGAAGAGGAGGUGGGUGGAGGAGAGGGAGGAGUGGUGGCAAGUGUAGAUACUUGAUAACGAUGGAUUAGUUGUACAAAUGGAAAGGAUUUCGAGUAUCCUUCUAGCACAUCGCUUGCUC